UAGAUUCUGAUGAAAAAACGUCUCUUUUUUAAGCUCUGUGAUUUAUCGUAAAAAACACCUUUCUCACCUUAAUUAUUUAUAAGUAACAUAUAUUAACGUGUUGUGCUAAACUCGGCGAACGUUUUGACACCUCGAACAGCGAAAUGGCCCAGAAAACUCCAGAAACGGAACCACUUCAAAUACUGAAUGAUUUCAAAACACCAAAAAAGGAAGCAAUUAAAACACUGAAUGAAUUCAUCGACCACCUUCAAUUUCCACUAGAGGAAAAAAACAAACAAGAAUUAUUAAUUAAACUCGAUGGUCUACCAAUUAUACGCUUCAUUGAUAUCAUGGUAAAAGAUAGUGAAUGGGCUUCACAAGCUUCACAAGAGACAAUCAAAAGAAUUGAUUACUUCUUAACCAUCCUAAAGAAGCAUAAAGAAGACGAACAGAUAAAAAUAUUAGCAGUUCCUAGAGAGAUUAAACUAGAUCAAAUGUCGAACCAACAACUGAGAACAACUCUUAGCCUCGAAUACAACCAAACAAAAUCGUAUCCUAAAACUUGGUACAAAGUUGACCACAUGGAAAUAAGACCGACAAUCUUGGUUAGAAUCGAAAAUAUUAAAAACAAGAAAGAUGAAACAAUUGGCCAACAAACAACACGAAUAGUUAAAGAAUAUCUGGAAAACACCGAGGAUGAUAUUGGUCGUAUUGUCAGCAUUGAACCAGGCAGAGAAGUAGCCAAAAUCAAAUGCUUAGAAGUUCCUGACAGAACACAAUUAUAUAAUUAUCUACAAACCAAACAACCUCAAUGGAUAAGUGAAAUACCAUGUAUUGUUAAUCCUCAAAUACUUAUACAAAAUGUUAAGUUCGAUGCGAGAGAUGCCAACAACUGGAUUGAGAGAUUCUUUAUAAAAAAUAGAUUGAACAGGGAGAAAAGACGUUUUGAAAUGAAAAUACUUCAUCACACUAAGGGAAUAGGACAGUUGAGAAAUCUUUUCAUCGAGGUCUGUCCAUCAUUGAGAGAAUUAAUUCAGAGUAGAUUUGGUGAAAUGUUCGUAGGUCUCCAAAUGGUACAUGUUAAAGAUUAUUUUAACAUAAAUCUUUGUCGUAAAUGUACCAUGUAUGGUCAUACAACCACGAGAUGUAACAAAAUAACCAAAUGCCCAUAUGAUGGUGAAGUUCACCUUAAUCAAGGGUGCCCGAUAAUCGAUCAACCAUCUAAGUGGCGAUGCCCGAACUGUUUAAAAUUCGGUCAUUGUGCUUGGGAUGUUGAUUGUCAAGUUUACCAAUCAAGAUUGAAAGCUGAGAUUGAAAAAAGAAACUUUAAGUAUACUUGGAUAAUGAAUUAGGGUACAAACUACUGCAGUUUAAGAUUAACGAGUUGAACAUUAACACAUUAUAGUCAACAAGUUAAUCGAUUAACCAUUAACCCUAAGUUAGAGUAAGAUGAUAUGUAACAAUUAACCAUUUCAAUUAAAAUCUCAAAAUAAGUUUCUCACGAUAAACAUUUAAAUUACCAAGUUAAACAAACAAUUACCAAGUUAAACAAACAAUUAAAACCAAUUAAGAAAACAGAUUAUACCCUCUCUCUCUUCUGAACUCUCAAUCCUCACAAAACCUCUCACUCAUUUACCACCACUAAUCCCUUCAAGAAAACUCUCUGUUUAUCCCAUAAUAAUGAAUCAUUACAACAAUCUUGUAAAACUUAAUCAUAAGAAUGACUAUUUUGUUAAAA